CAGGGAUAUGAACGGCACAGUGAUUGCCGACGAGACGGUGAUCGGACCGUACGAUCAGGACAUGGAUGUGAUGCUCACAUGUGUGGCAGAAGGCGGUAGUCCACCGCCGGCGCUGCACUGGUAUCGGUCGCAGUCGAUGAUUGACGGCUCCUAUAAUAUAGACGAUCGGGGAAUGGCUCACAACGACCUAACUAUAUAUCGAUUGUCACCGCAAGACAUUCAAGUGGUGUUCAGUUGUCAGGCAAACAAUUUUUUAAACUAUAGUCAACCGAUUCGCAGCUCAUUUUACAUCGAUAUUAAU